CACGGCGGAUUGGCACGCAACUCGCGGAUUUAUACAAGAAAACGAACACUUUAGCCAUACCUACUCGUAUGUAUACGAAGCGGAAGGUGAAUAAAAGUGAAGUGUGAGGGAGGUUUUUUUUUCGUUUGUUUACGUAAAACCGGACAACGUAUUAUUUAUUAUUGCAUACGAGUAUCAACAAAAUUGCAUUGCCGGAAGUGUGACGGAACUAAAGCGCAUCGGUCGAUGAUAGAAAAAAUUUAAAUAAUAUUACUGCAGUAUUUGUCUUUCUAAAAACUCAACUGUUAUAAAAAAUGCACUUCACGCGCCUAUUACAUCUUCUGUUGCCCGCAACUUUUUGUUGUCUCCUCAUUUGGCAUACGCCCACAUUGGCCCAACAAACUUUUCGCAAAUUAUGUGAUGUACAAAAUUUCGAUGACUAUUUGACACAAGCGGGCAAAGUUUAUACGGAUGCAAAGGAACGGGCAUAUCGUGAAUCAAUAUUUAUUGCGAAGAAAUCGUUGGUGGAUUUGACGAAUAAAAAUGCCGUACUGGGGAUUAGUUCAUUUCAAUUAACCAUUAAUCCGUUGGCGGAUUUGACGCGUCAAGAAGUGGGCAGAUUGACGGCAUCAAGGAUCACAUUUAUUGGCGAGGAAAUCACCUCCAAACAUACCAACUUCGUCACUGCUAAAGCGAAUAUCCAAAAUUUGCCUGACUCAUUUGAUUGGCGUGAAAAGGGCGGUGUUACGCCACCCGGAUUUCAGGGUUUCGAUUGCGGUUCAUGUUGGUCAUUUGCCACUGCUGCCGCACUCGAGGGUCACCUCUUUCGCCGCACUGGCAUACUGGUGCCACUUUCACAACAGAAUCUGGUCGAUUGUGCCGAGGAAUAUGGCAAUAUGGGCUGCGAUGGUGGCUUCCAGGAGUACGGCUUCGAAUAUAUACGCGAUCAUGGCAUUUCGAUAGCGAACAAUUACCCCUACACACAAAUGGAGAAUGCGCAAUGUCACCGCAACGAUACGGGCAAAGGUGUACAGAUACGUGAUUAUGCACGCAUUAAGCCCGGUGAUGAGGAGAAAAUGAAGGAGGUCAUUGCCACGCUGGGACCUUUGGCUUGUUCCAUCAACGGUUCGCCUAUAUCAUUUGAGCAAUACAUGGGCGGCAUAUACGAUGAUAACGAAUGCAAUCAGGGAGAGGUGAAUCAUUCGGUGGUCGUGGUCGGUUAUGGCAGUGAAAAUGGGCGCGACUAUUGGAUUAUUAAGAAUUCGUAUUCGGAGAAUUGGGGCGAAGGUGGCUUUAUGCGUGUGCUGCGGAAUGCGAAUAGCUUUUGUGGCAUUGCCAGUGAGUGUAGUUAUCCAAUAUUGUAGAAAAAAGUGGCAGAGGCAGAGGCUAAUUUUGUAAGGUACAUAGACAAGUAGUACAAUGUAACGGUACUAAUGAGAGUAUUAUGAUGUUUUUGUUUUUGUGGUAUUGAAAUAAUUUCUAGAACAAUUUUUUUACUAUUUUAAGAAACAAAUGUUGUUAAGUGACAAUUUCUAUUUAUAUUUAUGUUAAAUAAAGCGAAAA